AUAGAGGUCCUGCAUCUCUCUGCAGGGGAGUGGGAGAAUGGGACAGGAAAAUGCUCUGAAAUGAUGUUUUUCUUUGUAUAAGCGAGGUGUUUCCGACUGCAAUGAAGGAGAUGGAUUGCGACAGCCCGGAUUUACUCGCUAACCGCUGCGGAGUGCUGGGCGUUCGUCACUGAGAAAUGCGGAGUCUUUUUCGCUGUCGGCGUUAACGCAGAAAAAUACAAGAUGAAGAAGCAAUUCAAUCGGAUGCGACAGCUCGCCAACCAGACCGUUGGCAGGGCAGAGAAAACAGAAGUACUGAGUGAGGACCUUCUGCAGGUGGAGAAGCGCCUGGAGCUGGUCAAGCAGGUCUCCCACAGCACUCACAAGAGGCUGACUGCCUGCCUGCAGGGCCAGCAGGGGGCAGAAGUGGACAAGAGAUCUGUCAAAUCACCCUCGAAAAAGCUGCCCCUGACCACACUGGCUCAGUGUCUGCUGGAGGGGGCCACCGUGCUGGGGGACGAUUCUCUGCUGGGGAAGAUGCUGAAGCUGUGUGGAGACACGGAGGACAGACUGGCUCAGGAGCUCAUCCUCUUCGAGUUCAUGAUCGACCGAGACGUGGUCGAACCGCUCUACGUGCUGGCCGAGGUGGAGAUCCCCAACAUCCAGAAACAGAGGAGACAUUUAGCAAAGCUUGUCCUGGACAUGGAUUCAGCUCGGACUCGGUGGCAGCAGUCAUCCAAGUCCUCGAGCCAUCCCAGUAACCCUCAGCAGGGCGGGGCCAAGGCCGACCACCUCAGGGAGGAGAUGGAGGAGGCAGCCAAUCGGAUGGAGAUCUGCAGGGAUCAAUUAUCAGCGGAUAUGUAUAAUUUUGUGGCCAAAGAAAUAGACUAUGCAAACUACUUUCAGACGCUAAUAGAGGUACAGGCAGAGUAUCACAGAAAGUCUCUGGAGAUACUGCAGAGUGUCCUGCCCCAGAUCAAAGCUCACCAGGAGGCCUGGGUGGAGAAGCCUUCGUUUGGGAAGCCGCUGGAGGAGCACCUGACGGUGAGCGGUCGGGAGAUCGCCUUCCCCAUCGAGGCCUGCGUGACCAUGCUGCUGGAGUGUGGCAUGCAGGAGGAGGGCCUGUUCAGGGUGGCUCCCUCGGCCUCUAAGCUGAAGAAGCUCAAAGCUUCGCUGGACUGCGGAGUUCUGGACGUGCAGGAGUACUCUGCUGACCCACAUGCCAUUGCAGGGGCACUGAAGUCCUACCUACGUGAACUCCCAGAGCCUCUGAUGACCUUUGACCUUUACGACGAGUGGAUCCAGGCAUCCAAUAUUCAGGAUCAGGAUAAGAGACUGCAGGCUUUGCUGGCUGCAUGUGAAAAGCUUCCCCCAGACAACAGCAACAACUUCAGAUAUUUGAUCAAAUUUCUGGCCAAGCUGACGGAGUACCAGGACGCCAAUAAGAUGACGCCGGGUAACAUCGCCAUCGUGUUGGGGCCCAACCUCCUCUGGGCUCAGACUGAAGGGAACAUCACUGAGAUGAUGACCACUGUGUCCCUGCAGAUUGUGGGCAUCAUAGAGCCCAUCAUCCAGCAUGCAGACUGGUUCUUCCCUGGAGACAUCGAGUUCAACCUGACAGGGAACUACGGCAGCCCCGCCCACACCAACCACAACUCCAACUACAGCACCACGCCCUCCCCCGACAUGGACCACGCCGAUCGCAAGCAGCACGAGCAGGGCCGGCGCCCGCUCAGCGUCGCCACCGACAACAUGAUGCUGGAGUUCUACAAGAAGGACGGCAUUAGGAAGAUACACAGCAUGGGGGUGAGAGUGAUGGACACAUCCUGGGUCUCGCGAAGGGGCUCGUCCACCCUGGCCCGCAAGGCGUCCUCCACCCCCCCGAGCGUGGUGGCCCCCGCCAUUCCCGCCGACUCGCUCAUCCCCGAGCAGCCGGGCGAGCUGUCCGCCUCCCCCUCCCCCACACCCCCUCCCACAGGUGGGGACCGGGCCAGCUCGGAUGAUGUCUCGUCCCAUGGAUCGGACUCCUGUUACGUAUAUCCGUCCCCAGGGGAGACCAGGCCUCCGCCCCCUUACCCCACCUCCUCCUGCUACCCCUCCUCCCACCAUUUUUACCCCAAAGCCCCGCCCUGCCCGCGCCCCGUAGCCCCCGGUCCUGAGUCCGUGCCCCCCGGCGACUCCCCGCCGCCAGUCCGCUGGGCCGCCUCCAGCCCGCCCCUCCCACCCCCGUCCUCCUCGCCCCCUCCACAGCUGGACAUCAACUCCAACCCCAAGCCCAGCUGCCUGCACCUGCCCAAACCCGGCUCCCUCUGCGACGCGCCGCACGUGCCCCCGCCCGAAACCGUCAAACCCCCCGUGCUCAGCAGGCUUGACCCGUCCCUCGGGACCCCCCCUAACCUGCCCCCCUCCGCCCCCCCACCCUGGGGAGCCUGUGCCUGUAUCCGAGACAGAGGACCCAGGCUGACGAGCUCUUUGAAGAGUAAGGAGCUCUCUCCUAUGGUUGGGCACAAGGGCAUCCAGGUUCCGGCACCCACAGUGCCCCCUGCCAGCUGUCCACAAAACAGCAGCCAGGGACAACCCACUGAGCAAAGCCCUCACUCCCUGCGCAAAGUAUCUAAGAAGCUGGCCCCCAUCCCUCCCAAAGUUCCAUACGGGCAGUCGGGGGGCGUCUCGGACCAGUCCACGGGUCACCCGUCGCCCGUCAGCCUGUCCCCCACCCCCCCUAGCACGCCCUCCCCGUACGGACUCGGCUGUCCCCAGGGCUACGGUGCCAUGUCCUCGCCGGGGCAGCCCCCCCAGGGGACAGCCCACUCCCUGUCCUCCCCGCCCUCGCUGACGGGGACGCUCACCAAAUCCCGCCCCGCCCCCAAACCCAGACAGCGGCCCAGCCUGCCCCCGCCCCAGCCUCCCACCGCCCCGGGCCUCUCCGGCACCAGCCCCCAGCCCCUGGACCACACCCUGCUGGACUCCAUACCCCCCGGAGAGAGCAUGUCUACAGCAGCAGAUAUCUUUAGUCUGGAAAUACCCACCAUCAAUGUUGACUUAGACAGCCUCCUCGAUGAGUUCAGGGUCGCCCCCUGCAGGAAUUCUGUGGAAGUGACGGAUGCACCAGUGGGCAAGACUGAGCCUGAGGAGGAGUCUGAGAACACGUUACUAUGACAACAGAGCCCCAAUCCCUCCUGUUCGCGACCCCCCCCAUCUGUACAUAAGAGACUCUCAUCUGGGAUGAGUAACUAACAACACCCAUCUGGAACCAACUGGACCCAGGCCACUAUCCACUGCACACGAAAUGAAUUUCUCUACAGGUUAUACAUCUAUAUAAAUAUAUACAUGAAAAUGAACACAGAAAAUCAAGGACCAUCGGAGGCAGAUUCCAAAGUGAACACAUCAUCUGAAAUAUUGUGUGUGGUAUUGAUUUUGUUUCUUACUUACUGCCCUUUUUAUAGGCACAUUUUUCUUUUCUUUUCUUUUUAAUUUUGCCUUAUGAGAGUCUUUUAUGCCUUUUGCAGUUUUUUUGCCUUUAUCUGCUUCUACAGUGAGACACACAAGCUGCUUUCAGAAGAGCCACGCUGGCCCUUCUGUUUGGGCAGAGCCCAAAGGAACUACAGUUCCCAUCAUGCACUGCCUCAGCCUUUGCACUUAGUGCAUGCUCCAUGUCUCACCUUAGCCCCUGGUGCUUGGUAUUUGAGAUCAUCUCAGUGAUUCUUUCUGUUCGGACCACGUCAACGCAGGAAACCGCGUGUACAGUAGACUGCUAAAGCCGGGGUAACUGGAUCUGUUCUGUGAUGAGUGCAACUGCUGGAAUCUGCAAACUCCUCCCCAAGUUUCAGAGAUCUCCUGGAAUUAAGCAAAGUAAGGGAACAACCUCCUCAAAGAGUACGAGGGGCAGUGAAUCCAGGCUUGGAGCAUGGUGGCAUGAAUGUCUAUGGUAUCUGAGGAAUGUAUCAAAGAUCUCUCUAUUCUAGAUGAAGUAGAAUAUAAUAUCUUUGACUGUAUAUAGAAUGUGUUGGACUGAGUAUCUGUGGUAUGUGAGUAAUACGUCUGGCUGCAUCUGCUGGGCCUCAUGGACUUGAUUUGAAUGAACUGGGUAAAAACUCUGGGUUUAAAUGUUUGAAUCCCCACAGCUCCCAACAGCAGCCUCUCUCAGGUCUCGUUCUGCGGUUUCUGUGGAAAACCAGCUGUUGGGCUUUCCCCCUCUCCCUUCGCAGAGGCUACCUUUGGCAUUUCACUCGGCCCCGUUGUGUAUGAAUCUGAAAACCUCUGCAUGGAAACAGGAAGCUCUUCUUUGCAGGCACAGGAAGUGGCAGGGAUUGUGGGAGUUGCUGCUUUUCAUCUGUUGGACUGAUGCUGCAAUUUCCUGCCUGCAAACUGCACAUAGCAGCGCUCUGUAAAUGUUUGCCCUGUGGUGUUAAUCUGUCCUCUCAGACACUGCUGUAGCUGUGUGAUUUGUAUGGCUGACACACACACAUGUGCACACGCACACACACACACACACACACACACACACACUGCCGUGCCAAUCCUUUCACUGGGACACUUGCGUAUACUCUUUUUCCACUGCAGAGCUGGAACCAAACUAGCAUGAGCUGAUGAGCUGACCCGGUGCAGCAUGAUGGCUUGUACAUUGCGUUAACCGCGACUGGAGAUGCUGAUCGAGAUAUCUGCAUGGACAACAUCUGCAGUCCUGUCCCCCCCCCCCC